AUGGCCGCCUCUCCUUCCACUCGCUCGACCGCUACCUUCAAGUUCCAAUCCUCCUCUCUGAUGUACAACACCCUCUUCUACGCGGACUCGGGCAAGGUUGCCUUCAAGCUCAUCGGCGGAUACACUUGCCCAACCAUUGCCGUCGACCACGGCGGGCUCGUCGGUAUCAAGAACACUUGUGUAGUUCGCCGUACUACAUUCUUGGUCGACAUGGACGGCGCCGAGGUCGCCUACGUUCAAUGGCGUGGCGACGUCGCCGUGAAUGUCUGGGUCAACGGUCGGACUAUCGUCGUCCCCGACCUGUACAGUGACCCGGGUGAGGUCACGAGCUUGAUGGGCUCGCAGAGUGGUAGCGUGGAGGAAAAGUUAAUGGCUGGCGUGUCGGAGGAGAGCGUCGUCUUCCCGUGGACGUUGAAGGAAUCUUUGGAGGGGACGUGGACUGCCGACGAGGAAGGCACGGUGCUCCUGGAUACCACUGGCAAACAGGUUGCCCUCUACACAUCUUCCGUGGGUGCAGAGACGAAUGGCAUGCUCCGGCUGGACGUGACUGGUGAUGCAGUCAUUGAAGCCAUCGCCACUUUACUUGCCAUGGAAGGCGCGCGACGCAAAGCGUUCAACCUCGGCCCGCUUCAUCCCAUCGCGCCUGAUUCGCCCAAGUCGGCCAAGCGCCGUAGCAUCAUCAAAGCUCUCAAGGUUUAUCUGAAGCGCGCCGCUCUCAGACAGAAUCGCUCCCAGUCGAGCGAGACGAGCGGCGCGCUGUGGUUCUCGUCGUCUUCGCGCACAUCCGCUAGCUCUGAAUAA